AUAUACCUCGCUCUGGUACCAAAUUAUUCAAAACCUCUUAGGACCAGGAAAAUUCUCUCCAAUCCACAAAAACCCUAAUGAGAUAAUUAGAUGAGUAGAGAAAAUCAAUAAGGAAAAAAAACAAUUAUAAAAGAGAGUACAAAUUUUUAAAAAUUAAAAAAAAAUCAUAGAAAAGAGUGUAUUCUAAAGGAAGAGAAAGCUGGUGAGAGAGAAAUAUGAAAGCCUGGAAAAAUUUAGGAUCUGUUGAUACAAUUUAUGAAGAAGAAUAUGAGUUUUCCUCCUCUUCUUCUUCUUCUUCUCUUUCACCUACUCUUUCUUCUCCUCCUACACCUCUACACUCCAGAGUCCGGAAAUGGUCGCAGGCAGCUGGAAGAAAAACAGAAGUGGUGAUAAGAGUUCGUGGAAAAUGCUUUCUUCUUCACAAGGAUCCACUGAGAUCGAAAAGUACGUAUUUAAAACGGCAACUAACGGAUUCCGUUUCGGAAUUCACUCUCUCUCCGCCGUUAAACAUUUCCGCCGAAACGUUCACCCUGGUAGCGGACUUCUGUUACGGAGCCCAUCUCGUGGUAACGCCGUUCAAUUUCGCGGCUCUUAGAACUGCUGCUGAGCUAUUAGAGAUGACGGAUGAUAACGGUGACGGCGAAGAUAACUUGGUGCAGUUUACGGACUCGUAUUUUCGUCGAGUUGUCGCCGUUAAUAAGGAGUACGCGUCGAUAGUUUUCCGUUCAUCCUUGUCUCUACUUCCCGAAUCCGAAACGGCGGCGUUUCUCAUGAGUAAGUGCGUUGAUGUGUUAAACGUAACGGAUGAUGACGGGUGUGACGAUGGUUUCGACUUGUUUGAAGACGUUAUACUAACGGUUCACCCUGACGACUUUCAUAUGGUCGCAGAGGCCAUGCAACGUCGUUUUAAUAGCCACGAUGUCGUUUAUAAGAUUGUGGAGCAAUAUAUCCGGGGACAUAAUGGGAAGAUGACUGAGGACCAAAAAUCCCAGAUAUGCAGCUGCAUAGACUGCGACAAACUCUCCCCUACUCUUCUCGUAGAGGCCGUCCAAAACCCCAUAAUGCCCCUCAGAUUCUUGGUCCGAGCCAUGUUAGUCGAGCAGCUCAACACACGCCAUCGCAUAAUCUCCACCGCCACGACCACCACCACCAAACCCUUCUCCAACAACCACCGUCGCCGCCACAGUGACACUCCUCCGGUCACCACACUCGGCGCCCUCCUCCAGCGCGACGCGGCGCUACGCCAAAACUCGCAGCUCAAGGCCUCUCUGGACGCCACCACCUUGCGUAUCCAAUCCCUAGAGGAAGAGCUCAGCGGCAUGAAGAAGCUCUUAAGGGAUUCUCAUCUUGAUCGUGACUUGGCUGCCGGCGGCGGCACGAGAAGGAUAACCGAUCAUGGUCAGGAGUCGGCUCGGUCGGCUAGCUUCCAUUUUGGCGCCGAAAAUAAGGUGGCUAAGGGCGAUAAGCCGGCUGCUUCGUCGGCUAGUUUUCGAUUAUUUAGUGGUGGCGAGAAAGCUAGGGCUACGUCGACAUCUAUGUCAAGCUCUUGUAAAGGGAGUAAUAGUAGUAGUACUCCGAGGAGCAAAAAGAUUAGUGAAAGGUUGAUGAGUGGACUAAAGAAGGCUUUUUGGGUACGUUCAAGUGAUAUUAAGGAGACCAAGAAUGAUGUUUCGAGCAUUAAUACAACGAAUAAGGUGGAUUUAGACAUGGAAGAUCGAGAUGAAGAUGGAUGGAAUAAAUAUAGCAAUGAGAUCGCCUUAUUGUGAUUAUUUUGUUAAUUAAAUACCUUAAAUAUUAUUAGGUCUAACAACAGAGAUUAUAUAUCGACCCUAUAACAAAUUUGUUUGUUCAUGUCUACUUCAAUUUUUUUUCUUCAUAUAAUAGGAUAAUUACUUGGUCCACUUAUAUAUUAUUGGGGUGAAUAGGGAAUGUGUGAUGAUGUUAAUUAAAA